UGGGGAGUGUGGACGGUGGCGCCAUUUCUCCCUCAGUCCCUCCUCGCCGGCGCAUAAACAUGGGGUGGAAUCCUGACAGAGACGCGUUAUCACAGAUUUUAGGAUUACUACGCGAGUCACAAUCCCCGGACACAGUAGUGCAACAAUCCGUGCAGCAGAAACUAGAAGAGCUCAACAAAUUCACAGACUUCAACAAAUACCUAAUAUUUGUCCUCACAAAGCUAACUACUGAAGAUGAGCCCACCAGGUCUCUCAGCGGAUUGAUUCUCAAGAAUAAUGUGAAGGCACACUUCCACCAGUUCCCACCAGAUGUCGCCCAGUUCAUUAAGGCGGAAUGUCUGUCAGCGGUGGGGGAUCCGUCUCCCCUCAUCCGGGCCACUGUGGGCAUCCUCAUCACCACCACAGCCUCCAAGGGGGAGCUCUCCACCUGGCCAGAGCUUCUCCCCCGCCUGUGUGAGAUGCUUGACUCGGCAGACUACAAUGUGUGUGAGGGAGCGUUCGGGGCGCUGCAGAAGAUAUGUGAAGACAGCGCUGAGUUCCUGGAGAAGAGCCCUGACCGCCCUCUUGACACUCUCAUCCCAAAGUUUCUUCAAUUCUUCAAACACAGCUCAUCCAAAAUUAGAUCCCACGCCAUCGCCUGUGUCAACCAAUUCAUCAUCAGCAAAACCCAGGCGCUCAUGGCAAACAUCGAUGCCUUCCUACAGAACCUCUUCCACCUUGCAAUGGAUGAUGAUCCUGAUGUGCGCAAAAAUGUGUGCAGGGCGCUGGUGAUGCUGCUUGACGCGCACAUCUCCUCUCUCAUCCCACACAUGCACAACAUCAUCGAGUACAUGAUGAUACGCACUCAGGACCCUGAUGAAAAUGUGGCCCUGGAGGCCUGUGAGUUCUGGCUUUCCCUGGCUGAGCACCCCAUCUGCAAGGAGGCCCUGAAGCCACACCUGCCCAAGUUGAUCCCAAUCCUGGUGCGAGGCAUGAAGUACUCUGAGAUUGACAUUAUCCUCCUGAAGGGUGAUGUAGAGGAGGACGAAAGUGUGCCAGACCGCAGCGAGGACAUCAAGCCACGCUUCCACAAGUCGCGCCACACCAUCCGCCACGAGCCCAUGGAGAAUGGUGGCAGUGGAGGAGAGGAGUUUGCCGAUGACGAGUCUGAUGACGGACUGGAUGAUGACUCCUCCCUCUCUGAUUGGAAUUUGAGAAAGUGCUCUGCGGCGGCCCUGGAUGUGUUGGCCAACGUGUUCCGAGAGGAGAUGCUGCCAGUGAUCCUUCCCAUCCUUAAGGAGACAUUGUUCCAUCAGGAGUGGGAGAUCAGGGAGUCUGGCAUCCUGGCUCUGGGGGCCAUUGCUGAGGGGUGCAUGAAUGGCAUGACACAACACCUGCCGGAGCUAAUUCCUUACCUAAUCAGCUGCCUGCAACACAAGAAGGCUCUGGUGCGCUCCAUCACCUGCUGGACACUCUCCCGCUACUGCCACUGGGCGGUGGUGCUGCCUGACCACACUUUCCUCAAGCCACUCAUGUAUGAGCUGCUGAAGUGUGUGUUGGACAGCAACAAGCGAGUACAGGAGGCUGCAUGCUCAGCCUUUGCCACCCUGGAGGAGGAGGCAUGCACUGAGCUUGUUCCUUACCUGGCAGACAUCCUCAAGACUUUGGUGUUUGCAUUCAAGAAAUAUCAGGCCAAGAACCUCCUGAUACUAUAUGAUGCAAUUGGCACACUGGCGGACUCUGUGGGCAACUACUUGAACAAGGAAGAGUACAUACAGAUGCUGAUGCCACCACUCAUUGAGAAGUGGAACAUUCUCAAGGAUGAAGACAAGGAUCUUUUCCCUCUGCUUGAGUGUUUGUCGAGUGUUGCCACAGCCCUGCAGUCGGGCUUCCUGCCUUACUGCAGCCCUGUGUACCAACGAUGUGUGUCUCUGGUGGAGCAGACCUUGAACCAGACCAUGGCACAUCAACAGAACCCAGGUCAGUUUGAAGCAGCCGACAAAGACUUCAUGAUUGUCUCCCUCGACCUUCUCUCUGGGCUGGCUGAGGGUCUCAAUGGGCACGUAGGACAACUAGUCCAGCAGUCAAACAUCAUGCAGCUCCUCUAUCAGGCCAUGCAGGACCCCAUGCCAGAGGUUAGACAAAGCUCAUUUGCUCUGCUGGGUGACCUGACCAAAGCAUGCUUCCAGUAUGUCGCUCCAUGUAUAUCUGAGUUUAUGCCGAUACUGGGCCAGAACCUUAACCCAGAGCUGAUAUCAGUCUGCAAUAAUGCCACCUGGGCCAUCGGAGAGAUCUCUGUCAAGCUUGGUCCCGAGAUGAGGGUGUACAUCAACCUUGUGCUGACGGACCUCAUCUUCAUCAUCAACAAGCCCAACACCCCCAAGACGCUGCUCGAGAACACAGCCAUAACAAUUGGACGCCUAGGCUAUGUGUGUCCCAAUGAAGUGGCUCCCCUCUUGCAACAGUUUAUCAGGCAGUGGUGUAUCUCGCUUCGAAACAUUCGAGACAAUGAGGAGAAGGACUCAGCGUUCCGUGGGGUGUGCAACAUGAUCAGUGUGAAUCCUGGUGGUGUUGUUGAGGACUUCAUCUUUUUUUGUGAUGCCAUUGCCUCCUGGAUCAAUCCCAAGCAAGACCUGAAGGAGAUGUUCCAUAAGAUCUUGCACUGCUUCAAGGAGCAGGUGGGCGAGGACAACUGGAAGCGCUUCACAGAGCAGUUUCCUCCUCCCCUCAAGGACCGGCUGUCCCAACACUAUGGAGUGUGAGCAGGUGAUGCUGCUCUUGUGUGAAGACCAGAGCCCAGGACAAGGGAAUGUUAGCGUCCUGGCCGAGCUCUGUGGCGCACGGUGUUAGGAGGCCACAGCCAGAGUGAGCCUGGGUGGGGGGAGGGAUGCAUCUUCUUCUCACAGCCACAUCCUGGUCUACCCACCUGAUGGCUGUCUGCUGCAGGUGCAGGUUGGGUUGGGAGUGGCUGCCGCGCGCGUGCCGUCGUGGGAGGGACUUUGCGGUCUAGGGUGGGUGGGGGGAGGCGGAGGGAGGGGGGUGGUUCGCCCCUGGUGGGUGGGGGGAGGCCGGGAGGGAGUUCGUCGGUCCCCAGCACACCACAACACCACCACCACACCCACCCACCUCCUGUGCACCGCCCACUAUUGUGGGCAUGUGCAGUUGUGUGGGUGCACCACUUAGAGGCUGCCUGUUGCCCCGUCCACUCUUGCUGCCACCGCCGCCGUCCCUGCCCUCAUCCUCCCCUAGUGGUUAGUUUGUAUUGUGUAAGAUAUGUAAAUACUUGGAAGCUUUUAUUUUCUACAUGAUCAUCACUACUGUAAGUCUCCUGUGCCAACCAUGACCUCCUCCUCUCACCAGUCACGGGUCAUGUAGCUUUCCCCCGGCGGGGUGUGCGAGGUGUGCGGGGCAUGGGCAGCGUGUGCCUCACAACAGUAUCCACCAGCCCGGGGCUGCCAGCCUCACUCACCCUCAACACUACCCCAAUAUGGUGCUACUUUUUCUGGGUAGGGCAAGGCAGGGUAGGGGCUCGUGGGUCAAGCUGCCCUGCUGCCCAUGCCAACUUGUCUUAGUUUGAUGAUCAUGUUGAGGGUGAUGAUGAAGAGUAGUCUUCAGGCUGGUGGUUGUACUGUGCCUUGCCGGGGCAGCCCCGCUCCACACCCAGCCUGGGCACUCUGGGCUGGGUGUGGGCUGGGGUUGUCCUGUACUUUGUUUUCCCGUGCACACAUAGGACUUAAUGGAAACGACUGUGAUCAUAGUGAUUUCUUUGAUUUUUGUACUGUUAUGCAAAGUAAGUUAAAUAUCACUUCUCAAAGUCUACUACUACUAUUACUACUACUAUACUUCCACUUCCGCUUCCACUUCUAUUACUUCUACUACUGUUAUUGCUACUACUAUUUCUACACUCAACUCCUUGAUGACAAGUGGGUAAAAUACUGUGCAAUACAUGUCAUCACUGCUGGGAUGUGCUGGAGGCUGUAGCUGCAUUGGGCAGCCAUCGUGGGGAAGCCUCAGCGGGGUCCGGGGCUGGGGUCCGGGGAGCCGGGGUCUUGCCCCACACACAAAAUUAUUAGGUUAAGGGCCGAGGAGUGGCCAGGCCGUAGCCACACAUAUCAACUUUAUACAUGCAGGACUCUUUGGUUCUUGUUGCGGGGGUCAGCAGCGUGUUUUUACAUUUUGAAAUUUGGUCUAGGGCGGUAGGACGGGGCUGUUAUGGGGCAGUUCAGUUGUCAAUAUUGGUUUCUCUCAGCUAGGUUCAGGUUAGGGCCAUCGGGGGCAAGCUAGGGCCCUUCAGGGGCACGAAAAAUAUCUCUGGGUUCAAACAUAUUUUGGAACGGCAAAUUUUGUGGGAUGGUGUUUGGGCUGCCAGAGCAAAGGAGGCCUGAGCUUUGUGCAAGCCCUGCCCAACCCUGUAGCAGUUUGUUUGGUGUAUUUGUAGACAAAAUACUGUCAGUAGUGUUGUUAUUUGCGGUGUCUCUUGCAUGCCCUCAGCCAGUACGUCACCACUUCUCGCAUCUCUUGUUACCAUCUGUUUGUGUAUUAGUUGUUUGCCGGGCAGCGGGCAGACAGGCCACCAUCACUAACGUGCUCCUGAUCUGUGGCAUGGUCAAGGUUACUGCAGUGUGGUUGUGACCUAGCUAACAGUUAGGGUCUGUGACAUGAGAAGUACAUACUGGGAUGGAGACAGAUUAACAUAGGAAUGUUUCUUUAGCUGUGUUGCUGACAGGUGCCACCUGCAUGUGUGCCCUACAGCAGCGGUUCUUGUUGAGAGCCCCUGACCAAGCAGCCAGACUACUAGUUGACCGCACAGACCAUCUCAUCUGUGGAAAGACAACCACCUGAGAAAACCAUCUUGCCUGUGGGAGUGAAUACAAGCCAAGAUGCCAACCAGCCAGCCAGCCAGUCCCCAGCCCAAACCUUGUGUAUAUGUCAAGAUAUGCAACAGUGUGUCAAGUGUGCUGCUGCCUUUCUCAACCUCUGCACUGGGGCGGUGUGAACUGGCAUGCGUUGGGAGAGGAGAAGAGGAUGAACUACCCACCACCACUACUAGGGUAGGAUACCAAUACAAUAUCACUUGAGUCUCUCCUUUGUGAGCCUGGCCAGUCAGUACUUAGGCUGCCUGGGGAAAAUAUGUCAAGCAAGAAAAAUUACAAAAAUGGUCAUUGUGUUUUGUAAAUGCUGGUCAUUCUUGCCUAUUUUAUUUUUAACCAUAGUAUUUUCUAUUGUAUUAUUAGGAUCAAAAGGUGUAUAUCCAUGUUGCAUUCCUCUUGCCUAUUUUGUGACCCUUCAUCAGCUACUCAUCUCACCUUGACUCAUGUCCUCCUCUUCCUCUUCCCCCAAAGCAUUGCCAUUGUUGUCUGGAAAGGUUGCUCUUGUGGGGGAGACCUCACCAGCCGGGAGUGGGCCGCUGCUCUAUUCAGUUGUUGUUUUCCUAGACUGUGCCUUAAAAGAUACUGUUGGAUACCCAUUAUUGCAUUAUAUUUCACUUCCCCACAUCUGUCUUUCUCUCUAGUCUUUCUCAUCCUUCAUCAAUUCCCUUUUAACAUACUUUUCAUUCACAUAAAACAUACCAAGUCCCCUUCCCAUCCCUUAUUCUUCCAUCCCCUUACAUAACAGUCAACUGGUUUAUUCGUUCGCUCUUUUGUGAACACACUUUGUGCAUGCUAGUGUUGAUAAAAAAAAGAAGUAAUAGUUCGCGCAGCCAUCACUAACUUGGAUCUGACAUGGCCUGCCUUUACCAACUAAACGACCAACCUUUCUUUGCUCAAGGAGGGCAGGGUGUUGGGUGAGAGUCUUAUGAAUAGCCCUCACACAACCCUGCUCCCUUCCCCUGUAAAGAAAAAGUAAAAGUGUCAUCGCUGUCCACCGCUGUUGAAUGCCACCUCUGAAAGCACACAGGCACGUGAACACAUUGCCGCACGCAUUGGCUACAUCCGUACAUCCUGGCUUGGGGCUAAACGCUUGGAGACAUGAAACAGCAAGCGUGUGUGUGGUUAUUUGUGAGUGCGAGGGUUCCUCUCUCGUGCUCAGGUCUGUGAGUGUUUGCGACGACGCCGUUCCCAAAGUCCAGCUGGAACGAAGGCAGGUUAGGCAGGGGACAAAACACAGAAGCAAGCAAGCAAGCAAGCAUGUGAGCAAACAGGUGUUAAAUUCUCCUUAGGGUGUCCAAUCCUCUCACCGAGUUCACAAGGACAGUAGGUUUUUGCCUCAGUGCCCCUUUCCAUAGCUGCUAGGCAAAUUGUUAGGGUCCGGGGCCAGGCCAACCAGCGUACGUCGCCUAGGUAAGAGGUAGGAGUAGGGACAGGGUGGGUCGGAGGGAGAGCUCAGUCAGUCAGUCAGUAAGUCAGUCAGUCAGUUAUUGAGUCUGUCAAGUCGCUCGUAUCAGGUUAGGCCAAAAGUUAGGAGUUGGGAGGGUGCUCACAGUGGCUAGUCAGACACUUCUCUGGAGGUUGCAGGGAACCAUGGAUACUGCUGGAUUUAAAUUGAAAUGUUUUGUAUAGUGAAUUAAGGCAUACUGUCAUGAAUCGGAUCCUGGUGGGGCAUCUCCAGGGAGGUGCUAGCUGGACCACUCCUCAUUGUGUACUUUUAUUAUUUAUUACCAGCAUGACAGGUGGAUGAAUGCGUGUGUGCGUUGCGUUGCGUGCAUCUUGGGUCGAAUUCGUGUCAUGGCGAACUGACUUAUUUUAAUGCGGGUCUUAGUAUAUUUUUUUUGCCUUUCUUGGUUUAUCUGUUUUCUUUCCCCAUCAUGCUCAGUGGCGAAGGCCGAGUUUAUGGUUUUAUCGACUAGUCAUUAAUAAGUUAGGGACUGUUAGGUUAGGUCUGAGACAUUUCAUAUUUUUCCUCAAUGUGAAUGCUACUGUUUAUAUAUUUUUCCCUUCACACAGUUGUUAGUAGGCGAUAGGUUCUAAUUUUUAAUCAUAUGUUAUAUUUUUUGCUCAUAAUUGCUGAUGUUCUAGUACAAAUAAUUAUUGUUGAUAAUGAUAAUCAGUUUUUUCUUGAGUAAUAUAUUAUUUUUGUCGUAAUAUUAUUC